AUAAUAAGUCGAGGGAUAUUUUGGAUUUUAAUUUUCCGAGCGAGUAAGUGACCAUGCUGGGUGUAUAUGAAAUUACUAUACAUUUCAAAGGUAACUUUAAAACUAAACCUGAUCGCCAAAUUUUGACUUCACCAUCGUUUUCACAUGCUCAAUAGGUAGGUACGUUAAAACAAGAUAGUCAUAGACCAUAGUACCUAGUAGUUAGUACUUACUGAUUACAAUGUGUACCUAUAUAAAUAAUAUUUUGAUUAAAUCAGAAAUUUGUUUAUUUUUUUUUUAAAUAUCUUAAUUUAAUGUGUUGUAGAAAUAAGAUAAUUCGCUGAUUGUGUAAAUCACCAUUUGAUUUCACCAUCAUUCCUUAUUCAUUAAAAUACGUAGGUAAAAAAAAUCCCUGAACCUAGGAAAAAACAUGGGAAAUAUGGUUAUGAGUAAUAUUGUAGUCUGGAGAUUUUUUUUGAGGUUGCUCGUCGGGGGAUUGUUUUUCCAGGGAUUUUAAUUCUGAUUACCAGCCUUCAGAUAAACCGUAAACAAUGGUUAAAAAUGAUAAAUCUUCCAGUUAAAAUGUUACACAUGACACAUCCAUUGCAAUGACUCGCUACUCGUUAGAAUAACCUUUUGUAUGGUAGUUGAUAUAAAUUUGAAUUAUCAUUGCCAAAUUUAAUUCAAGUAAAAUAUUUAUUUACAGCGCAUGAAUUAAGUGGUAACGCAGCAGAGAUAUUCCUUAUUUUAAAAAUAUUUAUGCGAACCACCGAACCCCUUCUAAUUAUAUGCUAAUUAAUACAUUUAGAUAUUAUCAUUCAGGUAGGUACGCAAAUUUUUUUUCACAUUUUUACACCCCCAUUUAAUUUUUUCCCAAUUCUUCCCAAAUUCAAUUCACUUGAUUUUUUAUUUACUCGUAUAAUCAUUAUUAUAUUUGUAUUUAUUCUUGAUGACGGUCACUAUUCACGAAAGAUACUGACCGCGAACAAAACAACACACGUCGCAUGUACCUACCUAACGCCUAACCCCUUUCGACCAGUUUUAUUAGUGGGUACCUAUCUGAAUCCAACAAAAUAAGUUGACCUCGUAAAUUACUCAACUGACCGUUGGACAUUGUAAAGUAUCCUUAGAAACAUUUUAUGCUUCAAAAUACUUCGUGAAAAAAAAAGAUUACCCUCUUCAAAACUAUAAAAUUUGUCACGGUCGAGCCUGUAAUUUUACCCCUUUUAUGAUUCAAUAGGUAUCAAAGUAUUUUACGGGAACAGAAAAAAUCUUGUUUCUCAAACACUAUUCAUUUGUCAACAAGUAUAAGAACAUGCAACUUGUGCAUUGAUCGAUAUUUUACAUCCCAUUAUGAACAUCAAUAAAGUUAACAAUCAUGAGUUUAUUUUAGAUUAUGGAGCCAAAAUAGAUGCAGCUAUAAUGAAAUCAUUAUAUAAAGAUUAUGGUCUAGAGCAAGGUGGAUCUAAAGCAAAUACAUGCAUAGAUUUUUCAAUCCAAGUUAAUAAUAAUCAAAAUAGCCCAACAAAAAUACAAUAUGGACAUUUUAAAUUUGACAAUUUGGCAUCUGCUGAUAACGAUAUCAUAGGGAUGAUGUGGGAACCAGAACUAGACUUUGUUGAUGAUCCAGAAUGCUAUAACGAGUUUAAAAAUAAUGAUGUUCCAAUGAGAUUUAUGUGUGGCGUAUGUUUGGGUCAAUUUCGUACUAGAUGUGCUUUGGAUAUUCACUUUAGAGUUCAUAGAGGGGAUAAACUAUUUAAAUGUGUACUAUGUGAUAAUAUAUUCAACGAAUUAGCUACUCUAAAACAGCAUCGAGAAUUACACAACAUAAAUGAACGAGUUACAUGUGGAAUUUGUGGAUUACAUUUUACAGAAAUAUAUCACAUGAUAAAACAUAAAAAAAAGUAUCAUUUAAAUAAAUAA